AUGUUAACUUUGGAUGGUGUUGUUAUGGGUCCACAGAUUUGUGCUUUUGAUGAUUGCACCAAUGACCUUCUCAAUGCUCAUGGUGGUGCACUCUGUGCAACACAUGAAGCUUUACUUGCAAAUAAAUGUCGUGUGGUUGGCUGUUCUAAAGACAAGAUUCAAGGAACACAAGCUUGUGCUGAACAUGUUGCUGACUGGAAGAAAAGUAUCCAUGAUCGCAGUAAAGCCACCAUCAAUGGUAUUCGGCGUGUUCUUCAAUAG